UAAAAUUCUUUUUUUUUUCAGGCCAGUAAUGGAUGGUUAUGGGAACAUCAGUUGGUGGGGGUUCUCACCUGCUUUGAACCUUAUAGACUAUCUUCCUAGUAGGGAAAUCAAUAAUGACAAAGGAGACACGCAUUCUGAAGUUAAUAUUCUGCUGGUCAAUAACCACGACCCCAGAAACAUCAUUAACACGCUAUGUAAUCUAUGUGAUCCCAAGAACCAGUCUCAAAGUCGGACCAAGAUAAACUUUUAUGUUCUGGAACCCUUUGUGGAGCAAGUUGGAAGGUAUAUGCUUUUAUUGAAUGUGAUCUUGGACGCAUCUUUUGGUCUUCAAGAAAAGAUUGAAACGUUUCUGGAACUGUACGGCAAUUCCUUACUGCGAAAUCCAACAGCCGAGUAUGUUAGUCAACAAUCGGCGAAAUUCAUAGAAGCGGUCACAGAUUUAGACCAAUGUAAGGAAUUAUUUCCUAUUUACGAUCUCUCGAUUCUGAAACACAAAGAACGCGAUUACCUUGAAGGUACGUUGAAGUUUUGGAGGUCGACUGAUAAUCACAACUUUCAGAUACACAAAAUGUGGGAUUACAGAAACCGUGAGUAUCUGGGACCACGUUAUGACGUGAAAGAGAAUACUUUUGACUGGGACCGAAUUAUGAGACUUGUCGAAAGGGGUGCGAAGGUCAUUCAUAAAGAGGAAUACGAGUCGUUCCGCAGCAAGGGAGUUGCGUUUGAGAGCCGCUCGGGCGAUUACAAUGUGCCGAACCGAACGACUUCCUCGCCUAUUGUAGUAACCGACGCGAGAGCUGACCGAGUUAUGAAACGAGGGUACUUCGGAGACAUCGUUACGGGACCGUUUAUUGGUUUCGGAAUCGAAACCGAAAAUGAAGAUUUGUACAAAAAAGCUAAUAAUAUGUACAUACAUAAUUCACUAGAUGUUGCAACGCAUAAUCUACAGGAGUUGCUAAAAAAGUUGAAAUGUCACAAAAAAAUAAUCGAAGAAGCAAAUCUUACAGAAGUUGACGAAGAAAAUGAAACUGAAUCGGACACUUUGCUCACGGAUGAUUUUUCAAACGUGUCUGUUAAAUUUAUAUACGGAAAAGACAUGAAAUAUUUCUUGACAAAAGAGAAAUUCAAAAACAGUUUCGACUUAGUACAUGUGGCAAGUGACGGUGCAAGUUUCUUGGACGAAAGUUUGACCAAUAUUUUGAAGCAAAAAAGUACAGUGCUGGUUGAAAGUCCGAAGUAUAUUAUAGACUUGAAACCGGAACAAGUUGCUUCAAUUUUGCAAACUCUGAAAAAGCGAGGAGAGGAUUUCGGCUUCAAUUAUUUUGGAUUUUCUGACUUCGAGCAAAAACCAUUUGAAGUGAAUGUUCUGCACUUUCUUAAAUCGAUUUAGUUCACUGUGCUGUGUAAUGAUCCUGUUUGUUGAACGUGUAAAAAUUAGCUGUAUUUUUAAAU